CUAAGCUGCUAUGUGAAAAUGUCUGAUUCACUCAUUAGUCCCUAUUUCCAAUAAGGGAAACCUCAUUAAUUUCACCCCUAAUGUGGCAACUGAUGGUGAGAGCUUGUAAACAUGUUGGUUGCUCAUAACAGCAACGUCAUUAACACAACAUGCAGUCUUAAGUACGUUUAUUGAGUCACCCACUAAAGCUGUUAUAGGCUACUGUUAGUAGCAGCUACCUGGAAACAGUAAAGCAACUGAAUAAGUGAUCACAACCUUUCCAUCAGUAUGGAUAUGAGCAUAGAAACUAAAAGUACAGUUUGUAUAGGGAAUUGGUUGUUGUGUGUGUGUCAAUCCUGAUGUUAAUCAUGACCUGUACUAAUCUGCUCCCUCUCUCCGUGCACCCUCCCCUCCACUGCAGCUUCAUAAACACCUCAGCAUUUAUCUCUGUGUGACAGUACAGCUGGCAACUCACACCGGAGCUGAUCUCAAGCUGUAGCUUGUGCAGAACAAACAACUCUACUGAGCAACAAUUCUACAUUUCUACUUUACUGAUCUGGAGACAGGAGGCAUGUACGCCAAGAUGUCUGAAGAACAGGGGCCACGCAGAGGAAGGUCUUUUGACUCGGUAAACCCGGCUUAUGAGGAGAAGCAGCUCAACAAUGAAGUUACAUUGAGUAAAUUUGAAGAGGACCAGGACAACAGGAGCAUCUCUACUGGAAGGCCCACCAGCUCUGAGAAAGGCGUUGCAACCAUCAUAUUCUCACUGAAGAAUGAAAUCGGUGGUCUCGUCAAGGCGCUUCGGCUUUUCCAGGAAAAACACGUCAACCUCGUUCACAUUGAGUCCCGCAAGUCCAAACGAAGGAAUUCAGAUUUUGAGAUCUUUGUGAAUUGUGACACUGACCACGAACAGCUCAAGGAGCUCACUCAGCUGCUGAGGAAGCACACUGAUAUUGUUGAGAUUACUUCAUUUGAGAACUCCACUCUACCUGACGAUGAUAUGGAUGGUGUGCCCUGGUUCCCGAGGAAGAUCUCUGAUUUGGAUCUGUCUACGAACAAGGUUUUGAUGGGCUCUGAAUUAGGCACUGACCAUCCGGGGUUUAAAGACAACGUGUACCUUAAAAGAAGAAAAUAUUUUGCUGAUUUGGCUAUGAGCUACAAACUUGGCGAUCCUAUUCUUCGUAUAGACUACACAACAGAGGAGGUGCGUACGUGGGGCGUGGUGUUCAGAGAGCUCAACAAGCUGUACCCGAGCCACGCCUGCAAGGAGUAUCUGAAGAACCUGCCUCUGCUGACCAAAUACUGCAACUACAGCGAAGACAACAUCCCCCAGCUGGAGGACGUCUCACACUUCCUCAAGGAGCGCUCAGGCUUCAUCAUUAAGCCAGUAGCGGGGUACCUCUCCCCCAGAGACUUUCUAGCAGGCCUGGCCUUCAGAGUCUUCCACUGCACUCAGUAUGUCCGCCACAGCUCCAAGCCGCUGUAUACGCCUGAACCAGACACAUGCCAUGAGCUGCUGGGUCAUGUUCCUCUGCUCGCUGAGCCCAGCUUCGCCCAGUUCUCUCAAGAGAUCGGUUUAGCAUCGCUGGGAGCUUCAGAGGAUGCUGUGCACAAACUGUCCACAUGUUAUUUCUUCACAGUGGAGUUUGGUCUGUGUAAGCAGGACGGCCGGCUACGGGCCUACGGAGCUGGACUCCUCUCCUCCGUCGGUGAACUCAAGCGUGCUUUGUCUGGCAAGGCCAACAUCCUUCCAUUUGACCCCGUGAUGACCUCUACCCAGGAGUGCUUAAUAUCUACGUACCAAGACGUUUACUUUGUUUCCGAGAGUUUUGAGGAAGCCAAGAACAAAAUUAGGGAGUUCGCUAAGACCAUUUGGCGUCCAUUCACAGUACGCUACGACCCCUACACCCAGAGCGUGGACGUCCUGAAGGACACUAACAGCAUCAAUAGCAUGGUGAAAGACAUCCGGCAUGAGCUGGACAUUGUAGAAGACGCCCUGAACCGACUCAACAAACACCGGAGAGUCUGAGGGGAUGGGGGGGGGCUGUAUGAGGGUCACAGAGGCAAGCUGGAGUUGGAAAGGUUUGGGUGGAGAUCAGUGGGUUGAAUGGGCUGGGUAUACAUGGGUGGGAAUGUGUGAAGUUGGACGGGGAUUGGUGAGAAUGGCAAACUAGGAUACUGAACUGAAUCCAAGAAGGUGGUUUGGCUAAGCCGUAGUGAUUUGACAAUCUUGAGUAGAGUUAUAAUCAUACAGAGCUUAGUGCCUCCUUUAUGGGACGGGCCUGUAAGUUAGCCUUGGUCUGUCAAGAAGGUGGGGACAGGAUUUGGGUGGAGCUGUGCUAAAAGCUUACUGAAGUCACCAUUCUCCAUGUGAUUAUGGAAUUAUGACUGGGAAACUCAGAUUUUUCUGAAAACUCCAAUAUAUCCGAAAACCUGAAAACCAAAAUCAGCCUCAAAUCAGCCAAAGUCUGUAAUUUAAGGUAAUUUCGGCCGGUCAAUCCAGAAGGUGACGUUGUAAAUUUAAUUCAUAUGUCAUCG